UCUUACCCCUGCUCGGAUCGCACUAACCCUGUUCAGAACUAAGGCAGCUAAAGACCAAAUCCAAACAUUCUAAAAAGCACUGUAGCUCGUACAGAAACGUUCAAGCUCACUUUUUUUACUUCCUAAACAACAAGAAUACUACUCCGAUUCUGGUGCUGUAACACAAGAGGAGGUCAAGUCGUCCUGAUGGCGGUUGAUCAUCAAAAAAUGGAUAUGGACAUCGACAACAAAGGUGAAGAACAGCAGAAAGGAAAGCCAGUGAUGGUGAUUUUAGUAGGUGCACCAGGAAGUGGCAAGUCAACUUUCUGUGAACACGUAAUGGGUUCCUCUUUAAGACCUUGGACUCGCAUUUGUCAGGACACUAUUAAUAAUGGUAAAGCUGGAACUAAGCCGCAGUGUCUAAAGAGAGCAGCGGCUGCGUUGAAAGAAGGCAAAAGUGUGUUUAUUGACAGAUGCAAUUUGGAUAAAGAACAACGCUCGGAUUUUGUGAAGUUAGAUUGUGGCGCACAAGUAGAUGUUCAUGCUGUUGUGCUUGAUCUUCCUGCUCAGCUUUGUAUUUCGCGAUCUGUAAAAAGGACUGGACAUGAGGGAAAUUUGCAAGGUGGGAAAGCUGCUGCCGUUGUGAAUAGAAUGUUGCAAAAGAAAGAGUUGCCUAAGCUUAAUGAAGGGUUUGCUCGAAUUGUGUUUUGUCAUAAUGAGAAUGAUGUCAAGGCUACAAUUAAGGCAUAUACUGCACUUGGUCCUUUGGAUACCCUUUCAAAUGGUUGUUUUGGCCAGAAGAAUCCAGAUGCAAAAAUCCAACUUGGUAUAAUGAAGUUCUUGAAGAAAGUCGAGGCUCCUUCCAGUUUAGGAUCAUGUUCAGAUAGAGUGCAGGAUUCUGCCUGUCCUCAGGCUAGUAACGCAAACAAUACCUGCUGCAAAGGAACAACUAAAGAGUCUUUAUUACUAGGUGCUGCUAGUAAGGAGGUAAAAGAGAGUGAAGACUUGGCCAAAGGCUCUGUUGACGCUGAUGUAUCUGUGGGUGACAUUACCACUCUAGCAUUUCCAUCUAUUUCGACAGCUGAUUUCCAGUUCAACAAUGAGAAAGCAUCAGAUAUCAUUGUUGAGAAAGUUGAAGAAUUUGUGAAUAAGCUUGAAAAUGCCAGGCUUGUUCUUGUGGACCUGAGUCAUGGAUCAAAGAUUCUGUCUUUGGUUAGGGCUAAAGCUGCAAAAAGGAACAUUGACUCAAAAAAGUUCUUCACGUUUGUGGGAGAUAUAACUCGACUUUAUUCGCAAGGAGGUUUACGCUGCAAUGCGAUAGCUAAUGCUGCCAACUGGCGAUUGAAACCUGGAGGUGGAGGUGUGAAUGCUGCAAUUUUCGCUGCAGCAGGUCCUUCCCUAGAGACUGCAACUAAGGAACGAGCAAAAUCUCUUCUCCCUGGACAUGCUGUGGUUGUUCCUCUCCCUUCAGAUUCUCCAUUGUAUACUAGGGAAGGGGUAUCCCAUGUCAUCCAUGUUCUUGGGCCAAAUAUGAACCCACAAAGACCUAAUUCUCUGAAUAAUGACUACACUAAAGGUUGCAGCAUUCUGCGUGAAGCUUACACAUCACUUUUUACUGGAUUUCUGUCUAUUGUGAGAUCCCGUUCAAAAUUACCAAGGAGAAUCAGUGAAAAACUUGAAUGGUCACCUUCAGAUUUGAAAGAUCCCUCUCAUGGUCCCAGGAAUCAUUUAACAAACAGUGAUCAAAAGAUUAAGAGAGAUGAUGACUGUGUAUAUGAGAGAAGCAAAAAAUGCAAGGGGACUCACGAUGAAACUGUAGCUGAUAUUUCUGCUCCUAGUUCCACAUAUGGAAAGGUAACUGGAGACAAAAGUAAGUUAGAAGUACCGACAUCAAAGAGUUGGGGCUCAUGGGCACAAGCUCUUUACCACAUCGCCAUGCAUCCUGAGAAGCACAAGGACAAGUUGCUGGAGGUUUUAGAUGAUGUUGUUGUGCUAAAUGACCUUUAUCCGAAGGCAUGCAAGCAUCUCCUAGUUCUGGCACGACAUGAAGGUCUUGAUUGUCUUGCAGAUGUGCAUCAAGAACACCUUCAGUUGUUAAUGACAAUGCAUGCUGUGGGUUUGAAAUGGGCUGAAAAAUUCUUGCAUGAUGAUUCAUCAAUGGUCUUCCGCCUUGGAUACCACUCGGUCCCUUCAAUGAGACAACUACACUUGCAUGUGAUUAGCCAGGAUUUCAAUUCCAAUCAUCUCAAGAACAAGAAGCACUGGAACUCUUUUAAUACUGCCUUUUUUCGAGAUUCAGUGGAUGUGAUUGAAGAAAUCAAGAAUCACGGGAAAGCAACAAUAAAAGAUGAAGAUUGCCGGUUGUCAAUGGAGUUGCGAUGCCACCGAUGUAGAAGUGCACACCCUAAUAUACCCAGGCUGAAAUCACAUAUUAGCAUUUGUCAAGCCCCCUUUCCCCAUGCCCUUCUUGAGAAUGGCCGUUUAGUGCUUGCACCAAAACAUAAUUGAAGUAAUACCUAGGUAUCCAUAGAUCAUGCAUCAACAAAAAUUUUGGUGUGCUUCAACUUCCCAUAUCUGGCGCAAAAGAUGACUUACAAGAGGACAUGAAACUCUUUUUGCUAUAGGGGACCAAAUACAGCUUUCUUCGAAGUUUGUGUUUUCCAUCAUGGAGCUGUACAGUGCCGUAGAAGUUUAUGAUUGGGACGGCAGUCUUUACUCUCUAAAGCAACACAAUCAGCUUUAAAUCCUUAUUGUUAAUUUUAACUGGGGAAUUUGGGAAACUCAGAGAUGGAUGCUAACCUUUUCUCUCUUUUUUUUCCCUCAAUCUAUAUCUAUAUUUGGUGUC